AUGCAAGCAAAACAAGCUCUGCCUCCACCAAGACCUGAUUUCUCCUUUGCUCGCCCUCCGAAAUCUAAAGUCUCGUUCUUCUUCUGGCGCUGGAGGAUAUGGUUUGAGGCUACUUUUGCGCUCACCGUAAUGGAGCCCUGGGAGAAAAUAGUCUUCCUUGUUGUCACCUUUCUAAGUGUGGCCUUCUUCCUCACCGCAGUGUUCAAAUAUUUGCCUCGGCAGAUCGAGCAGACGGAACGACGCUCUGUGUACUAUCUGUGGGGCCAGGAGGGGCCGCCAGUGCGCAAUCUGCUCAACCGCGGCGCAAUGUUAUUAUCCGAAACAAUGUUACGCAAGAUAUAG